ACGGAGCGUGUCUGUAUCUGCAGUGAAAGCCAGCGUCGUGCCAACUCUAUCCAAUCACACAGCACAAAGAACCUCCUUUAUUCCAAUAGCAGAGCCUCCUUCAACACACACAGCAAACUCUUUUCUUCUUCUUCUUCUUCUUCUCUCUGGUCCUCCGGUCAGUAUCGGACGGUUUUCGGUCCAGGAUCAUGUCUUCUAACGGCUGUUGUAGCGGCGGCGACGUCCUGCAGAUCCAACUCGGGUUGAUAAACGCGGGGAAUAAAUAUCUAACGGCGGAAACGUUCGGUUUUAAAAUCAACGCUUCGGCACCGAGUCUAAAGAAAAAACAGAUGUGGACGUUGGAACAGAACACCGGCGGUGGCGACGCGCCGGUGGGAGACUCGAACGGCAACGUGGUGUUUCUCCGGUCGCACCUCGGACGGUAUCUGGGUACGGAUAAAGACGGGAACGUCACCGGGGAGAGCGAGAGUCGAGGUAAAGACUGCAGGUUCGUGUUAACGGCGCACGAUGACGGACGCUGGUCGUUGCUCUCCGAGCCCUACGGGAGAUACCUGGGAGGCAGCGAAGAUCGGAUCAGCUGCUUCGCUCAGACAGUAUCAGCAGCAGAGAAGUGGUGUGUCCACCUGGCCAUGCAUCCCCAGGUGAACCUGUUCAGCCUAACCAGGAAGCGGUAUGCCCACCUGACCUUUAACCCCGAUCACUCUGAGGUCUCUAUAGACCGCGACGUCCCGUGGGGGGUCGACUCCCUGAUCACCCUGGUGUUCCUGGACCAACGUUACCACCUGCAGACGUCUGAUAACCGCUUUCUGAAGAACGACGGCAGCCUGGAGGCCGCGCCGGACAAGACCACCGGAUACACGCUGGAGUUCCGCUCCGGGAAGGUGGCGUUCAGGGAUUGUUCCGGGCGUUACCUGGCUCCGUCGGGUCCCAGCGGGACCAUGAAGAGCGGGAAGAACAGCCGCGUGGGGAAGGAUGAGAUGUUCUCUCUGGAGCAGAGUCACCCUCAGGUGGUUCUCACCGCCGGCAACGAGAGGAACGUCUCCACCAGGCAAGGCAUGGACCUUUCGGCCAAUCAGGACGAGGAAGGUGACCAGGAAGUGUUCCAGGUGGAGAUGAGUCGUGAUACAGGAAACAGGAAGUGUGCGUUCCGGACCGCUGCAGGGAAGUACUGGACCCUGACCUCCACCGGAGGACUGCAGUGUACCGCAUCCACUAAAUCAGCUAACAGCCAUUUUGACCUGGAGUGGUGUGACGGGAAGGUUUCCCUCAAAGCCUCCAACGGGAAAUACGUCGCCGCCAAGAGGAACGGACAACUGGCCGCCACCGUCGACACCGCAGGGGAGGCGGAGCAGUUCCUGAUGAAGCUUAUCAACCGGCCAAUCAUAGUCCUCCGUGGAGAACACGGUUUCAUCGGCUGUCGUAAGGUCGGCACGGGAACGCUGGAUUCGAACCGGUCCUCUUACGACGUCUUCCGGCUGGAGUUUAAAGAUGGAGGCUACAGCCUCCGAGAUUCACUGGGGAAGUUCUGGUGCGUGGGGGAAGAGUCCGCAGUGGUUUGCAGCGGGGACACGCCCACCUACUUCCUGUUUGAGCUGUGUGACUACAACAAGAUGGCGGUUCGAGCGCCGGGGGGGCGGUACCUUAAAGGAGACCACGCUGGUGUUCUAAAGGCCAACGCUGAAGGGGUGGACAACGCAACACUCUGGGAGUACUGACCGCUCUAUAAAGUUUAACAUACAUCAUUCUGGGUAACUUCAAUUAACCCCACUGUAGAAAUCCUUUAAAUAAGUAUACUCCGUCUGUUAUGACUUUAUAUGGGCAAAUGGAAUGUAUAGAAUAAAAAGGAAGGUUUCAGACCUUCCUAAGUCUAAGGGUGAGUUUUAUCCUCCCUGAGUCUGAGGGUGAGUUUUUAACCUUCCUGAGUCUGAGGGUGGGUUUUAAUCUCCCUGAGUCUGAGGGUGGGUUUUUAACCUUCCUGAGUCUGAGGGUGGGUUUUAAUCUCCCUGAGUCUGAGGGUGGAUUUUUAACCUUCCUGAGUCUGAGGGUGGGUUUUUAACCUCCUUGAAUCUGAGGGUGGGUUUUUAUCCUCCCUGAAUCUGAGGGUGGGUUUUUAACCUCCAUAAGUCUGAACUUUAACUUAACUUAACUCACCACCCAGGGCCUUUUACUUGUGACAUGUAGUUAAAUGCACUAAAGAGGAACCAAUGGGUUCAUAAUGAAGAUACAAACCUCCAGAGUCCUUUUUAAAUGUGUCCGUUUUCAGAGGAUAAAGAAACGAACAUUAAAAAAAAAAAAAACUGCAUAGUUAUA